AUGAUUGCAGUAACCGCGAGCUGUGCACAAGUAGAACCUAGAAACCAACUUCAGAAUCAAGAUCUUAGCGAAGAAAAAUUAGGAAAACAAGUGACGAAGAGACACGCAUCCGUAAUUAUCAAAUACAUACCCGUGCAACCUAUAUUCAAGCAUAGACCUAAUGUGAGCUACAGGAGAAUUUCGAAUCAAAAGUACAGAAGACCGAAACCCAGAUAUGGAAUAACUCGAACAAAUUAUCACUCUACAAAACCCAGCAGAAAAUACUUGCCUAAAUAUGGCCCACCAAGCUAUUAUAAACGCCCACCAAAAAUGCGGUAUGGUUACAAGAAAACUCCGAGCUACAAACCGGUAUAUGCUCCAUCAAAAAGAAACCCCACCUACUACGUUACUCCAGAACCACUAGGAUUUGGGGAGCCACCAACAGACUAUAUGCUUGAUUAUCACUUUCCUAAAGUAACUUAUGGAGAACCUCCAGUGAACUCUUACAGAAACCCUAUAAAAUCAGCAACAAGUGACGCAUACUUAACAUCUCAUAUAUUUUCAGAUCCUAUUGAUUUAGAUAAUCAAGAUUUUGAGGGGCAGGCUUUAAAAUCAUGGCAGUCUUAUCACCUAAAUUAUUUAGAUUUGAACUAUGCCGCUUCCGACAAACGACCGUCAUUUAUAAGAAAGCCAGAAUACGAAAACCCAUCAGAUUCAGAUGACGAUAUGAAUUCUUAUUCAGAUAUUUUUGAAUACGAGAAGAGACGUGAAAUGAAUACUCACAAAAAGAACAAGAAAUUAUCAAAACCUAUAGAUACAACAAAAGUUAUGGAUAGGCCGUGGAAGACUAAAAAAACAAAUGAGAAGAACCUUCCCGAAGAACAGGUUGUAGUCGGAGGCAGAUAUGCGGAACCACCGGCAAGAUAUGUGCCUAAAUUUCACCCUAACGAUCCAAUGGCAUCCGAUGAUGAAGACUUUGCUCCACCGGAAGGAGCGGUAGACCCAGACGUUGUAUCAUCAGCAACUAUUUCACCAUAUGUCAAUUAUAGGAAUAGCAACGUUGCUUUUAGCCCUCAAAACCUUAAUGAUGCAUUUAGUAUAGUUGAUUAA